GGGCUCGUCACCAACCGCGAGUCUUGCAGCCGACUUAUCCCAGAAUUUUCACAUUGAUCAAAGGUCUGUUACAUACCGUGGAUCUCCUUUGUUCAGCCAUAUGGCUGGUGAAUAAAGGGCCCGCUGACCAAAAUUAGCCCGCAAUUGGCAACGCCCCGACGGUCUUUGUUCUCGUCGAGCCUCCUGGGAAAAGCCAAUCGGUGUGGUAUGGGAGAGCUCCUGCUUCUAUUCUAAAAAAAAAACUGCUGGCUGACACUCGAUUGUUUAGAGUCAAUGACCACACCUCCGCUUCCCUCCUCGCCGGCUCCUACAAUGGACGCUAUGGAAAUGUCUCCCUUGCCGCACAAGCCGGCGUUCAGCCUGGUCAAGGAAGUCGAGCUGGAAUCACCCUCUCUUGAUCACUCGAUGGACACACCUAUGAUCUCCGCCGGCCCGAGUCCACUGGAAGAGUCGCCGCUGGUGAACUCGAAGGACGGCCAACAAGAGUAAGAGAGGCAGCCCGGGUGGAGUCAUUGGAGGCCGACAUGGAUCUAAUCACACGGUUAUCUGUAGGAGAAAGCGUCCGACAUUCUUACGGCCCAGCCUAGCACGGAGCAAAGCCCAGAGUUUCCAGCUUGGAAUGAACAAGCCGGCCCCGGAGUCUCAACCACCUCCCUUCAAGUUCC